GCUUCCAAUCUAUUAGCGAUAGCGUAGAAAAAGUAGAAUCUCAAUAUGUAUACCUUAGAGAAACGCGGCAACCUCUUCAUUUUAACGUUGACCGGCGACGGUCAGCACCGGCUUAACCCGAAUCUCAUCGGCGAACUUCUGUCCCUUCUCUCUCAGGUCAAGGCUCAAGCCACUAUUGGCUCGGCUCUCAUCACUCAAAGCCAAGGCAAAUUCUUCUCCAAUGGAUUCGACCUCGACUGGGCUCAAGCCGCCGGAUCCGAACAAGGCGUCUCGGAACGGUUACUGCACAUGGUGGAAUCGUUAAAGCCCGUCGUCUCCGCUUUUCUAAGCCUCCCGAUACCGACCAUCGCCUCCUUGACCGGCCAUGCCGCUGCUGGCGGGUUCGUCCUCGCGUUGUGUCACGAUUACAUCAUCAUGAGGCGGGACCGAGGGGUUCUUUACAUGUCCGAGGUGGACAUAGGGUUAACGAUUCCCGAUUACUUCAACGCGUUGUUCAGAGAGAAGAUCGGCGACUCCUCGGCUCGCCGCGAUAUUUUGCUGCGGGGGGUGAAGAUGAAGGGUGACGAGGCGGUGAAGAGAGGGGUGGUGCAGGCGGCGUACGACGGUGAGGCGGAAGUGAGGGUGGCGAGCGUGCGUAUGGCGGAGGAAUUGGGCAAGAGGAAGUGGAACGGCGAGGUUUACGCCGAGAUAAGGAAAGGAUUGUUCCCCCAGCUUUCUGCUAUUGUGGGAUUAGGCCACAAAACAAUCGCCACUCCAAAGCUCUGAUUAAAGGGAAAAAACAAAGAACCUCUAAGGUAUGGUUAUAUGUUUGAUCUGGGUUUUAGCUUUGAAUAAAUAUAAUGUUGUGUUAUUGUUUUAGCUUUGUAUAAAUCGAAUGUUGUGUUGUUUGAAG